AUGGCGGACGAGGAGUUAACUGAUAUCAUGGUAGACAUGGAGUUUGGAGAACUGGUGAAAGACUGGAUAGAAGAUUGGUUAGAUGAUGAAAAUUCAGAUCGUGAAGAUCGGUUAGAGAAUGGGAACGAAUGGGACGAUCUUAAUUUCAUUUCCGAAUGUCAUAAUGCGUACGACUAUUACGGUGAAUCCGACGCGGAGACAGGCCUUAACGACGAAUCAUUAGAUGCACCUGAUUUUGGGGAGUCCCGGUCGUCGGUCAUCAUGAGUGAGGUGACACAAGAUGAUGGGGCAAAGAAUGUCCAAGAUACUGCCAGUGCAGAUGAUAAGAGGGAUAUGUUCAUGCAGAUAAUGGAAAUGACCUUUACGUCUCACGAUGUUGUGUAUGAUUUCUACAACAGCUAUGCUAGAGAUAAUGGUUUCAGCAUUAGAAAGAAUAAGGUCAGACAAGGGAAACGUGAUAGCAAGUGGCUAACCGAGGAAGGACACAGCCGUAGGCUCAGAGCCGAGACACGCUACUUUUGCGAAGCGCACCUGACCGUCAAGCUUGACCAAAAGCGUGGGGUUUGGUAUGUUGAAAGUUUUGAGGACAAGCAUAGCCAUAUGUUGGCAGGACCGGACGAGGUACCUUUUCUUUGGUCCCACAGAAAAAUUAAAGAGUACCAGAAGCAUGAGAUAAUGUGCAUGGGAGCUGCAGGGAUUAGAAUUCACGACAUGAUGGAUUGCUUCAUCAGCAAACAUGUAUGGUACGGCGGUGUUGGUUUUACCAGGCGUGAAAUAUACAACCUUUGCGCCAAGGAGAAGAGGAAGCUGCUUUCAAAAGGUGAUGCUGCCACAGCCAUAGGCAUCAUGUCUCGUCAUGACUAUGAGGACUUCGGCGACGUGCUUGUAUUUGACAACACGUACAAGAUGAACCACUAUGGUAUGCCAUUCAUACCUUUUGUUGGUCUUAACAAUCACCGGAAGACCACUGUUUUUGGUUGUGCCAUAGUUUCGGACGAGACCGAGGAGACAUACGUGUGGCUUCUGCAGACUCUUUUGAGGUCCAUGUGUCAAAAGAUGCCUAAGAGUGUUAUCACAGACGCCGACGCUGCGAUGAUCAAGUUACAGGAGAGUUUGAAGGCUGUGAUUGCUAAGAGUCAUGAGUAUGAUCUGCUACAGGAAAAUUUGUUGAAGCAAACAAAUGACAUCAGUAAGUGUGCAGUUGAAUAUGUGGACGAUGGUGAAGGCAACAUGAUUGCGGUUAAAGAUCCUAUGGAAGUGUCAAGCAAAGGUGCAACAAAGGUAGAUGAGAGCCGCCCUGUCUUGAAAAAUGGUAGACCACUCUCUUUUGAUGAGUUGAAAACCCGGUGCGGCGCUUGCAAAUUGGUAGGACACACUAGACGUAGCAAGAAAUGCAAACUAAAUCAGAAAAAAGUGGAGAAGGAAGAAGAGUAG